GUUCAUUUAUCUAUCUGAACUUUGAAAUUAUUAUUACUAUAUAAAAACUAACAGAAAUAAAUUCAAUCUAAAUUAAAUAACAAUGGAUAUUUAUUAGAGUUUCAUAUCCACAAUCUUUUCCGUCGCCUGUCCAAUUAUUUUGUAACAAUGUUUUCUCGCUACGUGGUCACGCAAGUGAAGCACAAUUCGUUCUUCCUGGUGGGCUUGGUGCUUGGAUUGUUGGUGGCGUUGGUGGCCGUGCCGUUUGAGGACGAUGUGUCCGCUUGCGUGGACGUGCCUGCGAGCGUUGGCGCUGCCGAUGAAUUCGAACCACAUCGCGAGGAGAAGCCCUUGGGCUCCGCGGGACAGACGGCCGGCCGUAGCGUGCAGCGACCCAGAUAUUACAGCACCGAGCUUGGCAUGAAAGGCUCCCUGCUGGCGGGUGUGCUGAGCUCGGAGGCCGCGCUGGGCAGCCGCGUGGCCGCCCUCAACCGCACCGCGGCGCGCCUGCAGCCCGCACUCAGGUUCUUCAUCACCGCCAGCACCCUGCAGGCCGCGCCCGGCCUCCCCAACGUAGUCGGCUUCACCGAUACGCGUGAAAUGCUAAAACCAUUUCAUGCACUCAAAUAUCUCGCUGACAAUUACCUUGAAGAGUACGACUUCUUCUUCCUGGUGUCGGACGCGUCGUUCGUGAAUGCGCGGCGCCUUACGGAGCUCGUUUCAAAACUGAGUGUCAGUCAAGAUAUUUAUAUGGGUACCAUUGCAGAAGAUGACAGCAACUACUGCUCACUAGAGGGUGGCAUCCUGCUUUCUAACUCUGUGCUGCGCUCGGUGCACGCUGAGCUGGACUGGUGUGUGCGGAACUCGUACUCACCGCGCCACCACGAGAAUAUCGGACGCUGCGUGCUGCACGCCGCGCACAAAAACUGCGUCGCCGCGCUGCAGGGCGAGAGUUACGAGUCGAUGCGGUUGUCGGAGGACGGUGCCGGGGGCGGAGGCCUGACGCCGGCGCUGGCGGACGCCGUGACCGCGCACCCGGUCACUGACCCCGACCACCUCUACCGGCUGCACGCGUACACCGCGCGGGUGUUCCUGGAGCGCGCGAAGGAGGCGGAGUGGCGACUGCGGGCGGAGAUCUGGCGGCGCUCGGGGCGGCUGCCGCGCCACUACCGCAACGCCACGUGGCCCGGCGGGCUGCGGGCCGACCUCGGCAUGGCCGACCCCGCGCCGCCCACCAGGUUCGACCACCAGCGCUGGACAUCAUUCAACGGCACACACUCGUUCCUGGGCGACGACUUCAGCACAGCGGCGCCGCUCGCCGGCGACUGGCUGCGAGCCGCGCAGCUCGCCGUGCGGGCGGCCGCCGCGCACGUGGGCGCGGGCCCGGCGCCGGAGGGGGGGCAGCGGGGCGGCGGGGACGAGGCGGGCCCGCCCGCGCUGGUGGAGGGCGCGUGGCGCUGGGACCCGGCGCGGGGUCUGCGCUGGCGUGUGCUGCUGCGCGCACGUGGCCGGCUGCGACGACUAGAACUGCUGCGUCCACUCGGCGCUGCGAGGCUGGCGCGCGUGCCGUACGUGACGGAGAGUGCGCGCGUCGCACUGCUGCUGCCCGUGACGGCGGCUGCGAUCUCGGACGCGCACACCUUCCUCGCACGGUACGCCGCCGUGUGCCUCGCGCGGGACGACAACACCGCGCUACUUGUGGUGUACGUGUCCGAGGAGGGCGAGCCGGAGACGCGAGCGGAGGAGAACGCGGCCUCACUGCGAGCGGAGCUAGCGGCGAUGUCGGCGCGGCAGCCCGCCGCCGCGCUGGAGCUGGCCACCGCGCGCGCGGCGGGGCCCGCGGGGCCCGCGGAGCCCCCGGGGUCCCCGGGGCCCCCGGGGCGCGACGCGGAGCGAGCCGCGCGCGCCGCCACCGCCGCGCUGGCCGCCGCCGGACCUAGACUGCCACGCCGCGCGCUGCUGCUGCUGGCCGCGCCGCACAUGGACUUCAACGAGGACUUCCUCAAUAGGGUGCGCAUGAACACGAUCGCGGGCGUGCAGUGGUACGCGCCGGUGCCGUUCUCGCGGCACGCGCAGCUGCGACACCCGCGGUUCCUGGACGAGCACGGCGCCCGCCCGCAGCGGGACACCGGCCGCUUCAACGUGCACCACGCGCUCGCCGCGCCCGUGCUCUCCGUCUACCACGACGACCCAGCACGGUACGUACGCCCGCAGCGGGACACCGGCCGCUUCAACGUGCACCACGCGCUCGCCGCGCCCGUGCUCUCCGUCUACCACGACGACUACCAGCACGCGGCGGCGCUGCACGCGGCGUCCCACGCUGGCUGGGAGCCCCCGGCGCGGAUGCUGGCGGCGGCCGCGCUGCGCUGCGUGCGAGCGCCCGAGCCCGCGCUGCUGAUGUCGCCGCGGCCCGCGCCCUGCCCGGCCCGCGCCGCCCCCGCCCCCGCCCCGCCCGCCGCCUGCCUGCGCGCGCUGCGGGGCUCCGCCGACGGCCUGCGCUCCCUCAACCUGGGCGCGCCGCACGCGCUCGCACGCCUCCUGCUCGAACUACAGGCCGAGGCCGCGGCCUGACGGGCCCGACAUGA